UUUGUUCUGAUGAACCGAUGUACAUAAUUGGUCGUGUGCUUAUUGGUCCUAAUGCAGUGGCUGUUAUUGUUAAGUCUGCAUUAAUCUCAGAAGCUUUUCUCUGGAGGUCUACGACAGAUGUAUUCUCUUGAGGACGCUGUGGGAUGCAAAGUAGGUUGGCCAAUAAAUAAAGUGGUUUUGGACAGGAAUCCAGUAGCGUCUCAAGAUGUAUCGAUGCAACACAAGGAAGGUGAAACUCGAAGAUGCAAAAUCUAUGACUGGACUUCAGAAGAAGAAGAGGUUAUUGCUGAAGGUCUCCUGUGCUCAUCUAAUUCUAAAGAGAUGGUUAACAAUAAACCUCUGGGUCCAAAUGCGGUGAACAUUGAAGUGGUGAAGGUGUUUAAAGAUAAUGCUCAUUUGUGGAGGCCAACUGCGGAGAUGUUUUUGAUUGCUGAUGCAAUUAACAAGAAAAUCGCAUGGCCACUCCUCAAGUUUGAAAUCAUGGCUUCGAUCACUACAGCUGCAACACCUGCAAAAUCUGCAGCCACGAAAACAACAUCACCUACCAAACCAGCAAAGAAAAAAGCAAUGGUAUGUUAUUGAAAUGAAUAACCUUGUAUUUGUUUGGCUGUUGGUUGACGUUGGAAAUUGUUGAGUAUUAGAGUCCAGGCAGCAUUAGUACCACCAAAAGUGCAAAGCAGAAGUGUAUUCUCUUCGACUGCAGCAACACCGGACGUAAGGUAGCUGAAGGAAGAGUGGCUUCAACUGAUCCGAAAGAGCUGUGUCACUUUGUGCCCCUGGGUCCAA